AUGGUCGCAAAAGACAGCAACCAUAGGUCCGCAGAGGGCCAGAAACAGGACCAAAAUGACGGCACCGCAGCUCAAGACCGGGGCUGGAUGCCCUCAUCGUUGCAGGCUCCCUUCCUCUGCUCGCAGGCUGCGCUUUUCUUCCUCCUGUCUAUUGCCCUUGAGUGCCUUCGCCAAUACUCGGACCGCAAUCAGGGCCUCGUUAUCUUCAAAACGGCUGCCGAACUGCCGAAGAGCGUCUCGGUGGCUUAUAUCUACAUACCAACGGCUGUGGCAGUGCUGGCCGUCACACUGUGGAACUUUAGCGCAUCCGACGUUCUGCGAUUAGAGCCAUAUUUCCAGUUAGCCAAAGCUGAAGGCGUUGCUGCAACAGUGCUCUUCACCAGCUACAGCUUCUGCUACGGCCUCAUGGCCCCCCUGGUGGCGGCUCGCAAUCGUCAUUGGCUUGUAUUCUUCACCUCCAGUCUGUCGAUCCUCAUGCGGAUCUUCCUCCCCUCUCUUCUCUCUGGCGUGGUGGUUCUAACCGAAGUGACCACCACCGAGUCGAUCUCGGUUCUGACAUGGCCAGAUCUGCUUGACGUGGAUACCCAGAAAGCCUGGUUAUCCAGCGAGACCUUUCGGCCUCACGCAAAUGCCUCCGUGAAGAUCACUGUUGACGACGUUUUCCUACUGCGAUCGUCUGACUAUGCCACGGCCGCUGUGUCAAUGCCCCUUGAUGAGAACGACACGUCGUUGCUGUCGCUCAAUCAGACCGUGUAUUGGGCCGAGCUCGCCUGCCAGGAUGUGGCCCUCAGGGACCUUGAACCCCCAGAUCGUGGCGUCUUCCGGAACAUAAGCGGGAUGGAGUUCCCGUCACUGGGCGACGGCAAUGCAGCAUCCACAUGCUACGUUGACGUUUCCCUCGGCAACAUCACCGCAAACCGGGGCGCUUCUUCUCAGGUGCGGUACUGGGAACCUGCCCAUUCCAAGGCUCGAUUCCACGCCCCGGUCGCUUUUCGUACCCGCGGUUGCCGAUCGGUCGCCCUGUUUGGGAUCCUCCUUGACCUAGAUAUGGAUGUGCACGGCACGUCUGACCCUGGACCCUCCAAUGCCACUGCAUUUGCAUGCACCGCUACUUACACGUCUGCUGAGGCCGAGCUCUUGAUCAGCGUCAACGGCUCCAUAGCUGAAGUCAAGGUCCACCCUUCCACUGAGCGCAGUCUGACAAGCACGGGCUUUGCCCAUGAAGAGUUUCAGGACCUUCUCUUUUCGGGAUAUCACUCGAACCCCCUUGCAAAGGUUGGGACCCCGAAUGCCGUAGCGGCGGAUGGUAUAGACCCGCCAAGAGCGUCAAAUUCUACAGCCGGUAUCCACGUCGCCCAAUACCAGGAUGCAAUCACUCAGCUUUGGAAACAGAAAUUCAUCACCACAAUGAGCAAACUUUUCAACCCAACUGCAACCCCGACGAAGGUAGAUGCAAGGCAGGCUACACGCGUUGUGGCUCUCGCGAUCAUCUCCAGAACAGCUCUGAUGGCUGAGAGUAUCCUCCUUGCGGCAGUUGUGCUGCUCUUGUUGUUGGCAGUUCUCUAUCCAAGACGUCUGAACUUCCUUCGAGGCGAUCCAGGGUCGAUAGCCGCACAAUGCGGGAUUAUUGCUGACCUCUUCCCAUCUGAUACGGUUCUUGCUCGGUUUGAUGCGCAGUUUCAUAGGGCCACGACAAGGCAGCUCCGCCGGUGGUCCAAGAAUUUCCGGUGCGAGUGGGCGGGCAAGCCGUCCGAGAGAAAGGUCAAUAUCGUUCCCUUGGGUCGACCUCUUGAUUCAGAAGUUUUGGCCCUCCCAGCAACCCGAAGAGGAAAAGACCCCAGGCCGCAUUUCUUGGUCCCGCACUGGUUCCUGGUUGAGUGCGCGUUGCUGACUGGAAUCUUGGUGUCCUUUGGCCUCGCGCUCAGCUCUCUGAGAGUGAAUGAUAUUAACGACGUCUCGCCACGGGAGCUGGCCCUCACGAUCCUUUUGAUCUAUGGUCCAACAGUCGUGUCCUCUGUGAUCAGCUCGCUGCUCGAAUCCGUCCUCCGCCACCUCAGCGUAUUGGAACCAUGGGUGCGCCUGCAGAGGGGCAUGGCCUCUGCGACGGACUCACUAGCACUGAACUAUGGCUCGCAGACUCCAAUCGCCGUGCUGCGUAAGAGCGGUCGCGGUGCACCUCUGCUUCUGACUAUCCUCUCCGUUACCUGUGUCCUGGACCUAUUGCUAAACGUCCUGAGCGGUGGGAUUUUCGAACCCCGGCUGAAGGAGCACAGGACACCGGCCUCCGGACUUCUCUCUGCCCAGUAUAAUGAUACCGUCUUUCACGCGCCAGCCUUUGAGGUGGAAUUUGACGGUUACGGAUUGACCUUGAGCAGCCUAACCACUGGCGCUCCCCUACUCCCUUGGACCACUCCAGACUAUUCCUUCCUCCCGCUUACGGUCAAUGAAUCGGACUACAAUUCUUUCGGAGGCGUCAGUUACAGUGCCAUCACGCUAGGCGUGGGGGCUAGUCUGGAAUGUCACCAUAUUCCGAUCAACAAUUCAUGGACUGACAGCGAGGCUGGUAAGGUGUUCUGGAAUCAUACAACCUCAUCAGGCGUCAACUGCACGGCAGAAGUCCGCAACAGUGGCACCGAUGGUGAUCUAAUCCGGAGAUCCAUUGCAUAUCUUCUACCCACUGUGGACUCUCCGGUCACUCCCUGCCAGACGUCAAUCUUCAUCCUGGCCCGGUGGGCAACAGAGAAUCCCGCCCCAAUAACCAGUCAGAACUCGCUGGCGCUGUACUGUACGCCGUCCAUCCAGAUCAAUGAAUUUGAAGCACUAGCCAGCAUCGGACAGAAGAAGUUCCCUACACACCGCGACUCGUCCUUCUAUCAGUAUGACUGGCCGGGGCUCCUGACGGCCUUUGCAUACGAGCCAUCGAACCCAACCUUGGACUCCCUUCAGCCGGAGUUCCUCAUCCGUGCCGCCCAGUCCACCUACCGGGAAAUCUUCAGUAGCUACCUCACACUCGCCAGGAAUACAUACUUCGACCGUUACCGGUCCUCUGAAAGGCCCGCGGUGGACGGAACCAUCAUCACGAAACUCUGGGGCAUGAUGCCCUCAACCCCGUCGAUGGUCAUCGUCAUCGUCCUCUUGUCCAUAGAUAUCUCAGUGCUGAUCCUCGUAUUCGCCCUCCGUCGUAACAAUUUUGAUGGGCCGCGUAUCCCGAAAUCAGUUGGGUCGCUGAUUCCGUGGGUCGCACGGAGCAGGAUUGCGCCUGACUUCCGGGGAGCAUCGCGGAUGACGGACAGCGAGCAGCGGGAUAAUCUCAUGCAAAGGAGCCACAAAUACACUUUUGGUCUGUCUUUAUGCCCUGAUGGUGAAGAACGAUGGCUGCUUGAUUACGACAGCCGCUACUUGAAGGAAGAGGACCAUGAGCUGGAUGAGAUAUGUGGGAUUAUUGAUUAG